GCACGCACGCCUGUGUUGAAGUCCUUCGAGGAGAAUUCGGAGAAAUCAUCGCGGCACGCCGCCCCAUAAAGCCGGCCAGCCAGCCGCCUUCUUCCUUCCGCUCGACUUCUUCCCCUUCGUCUCCAAGCUCCAAUCUGCCGCUAAGAGCCCUCCGUCGGAAAGAGAGAGAUGACGGUGGAGAAGGUGGACGCGACCGUCGCCGACUUGGAGAGCCACCUGGAGAAGCUCUCCGCCGCCGCCGCCGACGGCAAGCUGAAGCUGCUGCUCUUCCUCGCCGACCGCGAGUCCCCCUCCUCCUCCCUCACCUGGUGCCCCGACUGCAACGUGGCGGAGCCGCUGAUCUACUCCAAGCUGGAGGCGCUGGGCAAGGACGUGCUGCUGCUGCGGGCCUUCGUCGGCGACAAGCCCACCUGGAGGGACCCGGCGCACCCGUGGCGGGCGGACCCGCGGUUCGCGCUCAGCGGCGUGCCGACGCUCCUGCGCUGGGAGAAGGGCGCCGCCUCCGCGGGGCGGCUCGGCGACGAGGAGGCCCAGGUCGCGGACAAGGUCGACGCCUUCCUCUCUGCCGCCGCCGGCAAUUGACUUGACGGCUGCUUCUUCAGGGAAAUGCUUGAUUUGGGUGGCGUUAAUUCGCUGGUUAUGACUUGGGUUAUGUGUUAAAUCUUGCUUUUUCUCGUACUAUGCAUGCUGGACAAAUAAAACAACAUGGCCCCUUUGUAAACCUAAUGCAAUACCAUAGUAACUGUUUUCAUACAUUGGUAAUAUCAGCAGUUACAUGGUUCAGCAGCUCCUGCAA